GUAGCUGCUGCACAGCUCCGGAGAAACUUGUGCCGUUGAAACUUUGACAAACCCAAAAUGCCUGUCACAUAGCUUAAACCCGUUUAGAGUACAGUAUAUGCCGUUCAAGAACUCUCCCAAUGUCUGACGAGGGAGAGGAAAGCGACGGCGGGAGGACGCGUGUCUCCGAGUCUCCCUCCCCGCCUCUGUCCGCGCGUCUUCCCCGAGGAUCUCCCUCCUCUCCGCGGCCCCUGGACCUCUUCUCCUCCGCCUCACCGCUGCUCGGGGACACAGACCCGCCUUACCUCGCCUCUCCGGAAUGCCUCAACCCAUCUCUAGAGAACAAGGAGCCGGACAACUCCACACAAUUCACACCGACAAAGUUCGGCCGGCAAAACGAGGACACCCACUCCACGUUCUGUUCACGCCAAGAUGUGCAGCUGGAUGCGGUUUACGAGCACUACGAUGACCCGUUCCCCAAGUGGAGAGGUCGAGGCGCGGCGAACGCUGAGCGAUUUCAGCACCGCGGACAGCGACUGCACCGCGCUCCGGAGCUGGCGGACUACGGGAACCACUACUGUGUGGACCACAUAGAGCCCGAGUUCAACACUGAAUCCCGACAAACGGUGGAGGCCAUGCAUCGGCGCCACACCACCCUGAGGGAGAAGGGACGUCGUCAGGCAGUGCGAGGUCCAGCCUACAUGUUCAAUGAGCGUGGCUCACCUCUCACUGCAGAGGAAGAACGUUUUCUGGAUGCAGCUGAAUAUGGGAACAUUCCUGUUGUCCGCAAAAUGCUAGAGGAGUCCAAGACUCUUAACUUCAAUUGUGUGGACUACAUGGGCCAAAAUGCUUUGCAGCUGGCAGUAGGUAAUGAGCAUCUUGAAGUGACUGAGCUACUGCUUAAGAAGGAUGGUUUGGCAAGAAUUGGAGACGGUCUUCUCUUGGCGAUCUCCAAGGGUUAUGUUCGUAUCGUAGAGGCUAUUCUUGGUCAUCCUGCUUUUGGUGGUGGUCUCCGUUUGGCUUUAAGUCCCCUUGAACAGGAGAUGCGGGAUGAUGACUUUUACGCUUAUGAUGAGGAUGGGACACGUUUUUCUCAUGAUGUCACGCCCGUCAUCCUGGCGGCUCACUGUCAGGAAUACGAAAUCGUCCACAUCCUUUUGUCCAAGGGUGCCCGCAUAGAAAGGCCACAUGACUACUUCUGUAAAUGCACAGAAUGUGUGGAGAAACAGAAGAAAGACUCUUUCAGCCACUCUCGCUCUAGGAUGAAUGCAUAUAAGGGCUUGGCCAGUGCAGCUUAUUUGUCCCUCAGCAGUGAAGACCCGGUGCUGACCGCUCUGGAACUCAGCAACGAACUAGCAAGACUCGCCAACAUUGAAACAGAAUUUAAGAAUGACUACCGGAAGCUGUCCAUGCAGUGUAAAGACUUUGUGGUGGGUGUGUUGGACCUUUGUCGGGACACAGAGGAAGUGGAGGCCAUAUUGAAUGGUGAUGUGGACCAGUGCCCUCCGAGCGCCUACAACCGACCCUGCCUCAGCCGUGUCAAACUGGCCAUCAAGUAUGAAGUCAAGAAGUUUGUCGCCCACCCAAACUGCCAGCAGCAGCUGUUGACAAUCUGGUAUGAGAACCUGCCUGGCCUGAGGCAGCAGUCCAUUGGGGUGAAGUGCUGGACGGUCCUGGGAGUCACUGUGGGUCUGCCCUUCCUGGCUAUCGCCUACUGGAUAAUGCCAUGUAGCAAACUUGGUCAGAUCUUGCGGAGCCCCUUCAUGAAGUUCGUGGCUCAUGCUGUGUCCUUCACCAUCUUCUUGGGUCUGCUGGUUGUCAAUGCCUCUGACCGCUUCGAAGGUGUUAAGAACCUGCCAAAUGAGACCAUUACAGACCAUCCGCGACAAGUCUUCAGGGUCAAGACCACCCAGUUCUCCUGGACAGAGAUGUUGAUCAUGAAGUGGGUGUUGGGUAUGAUUUGGUCAGAAUGUAAGGAGAUCUGGAGUGACGGGCCACGGGAGUAUAUCAUGCACCUUUGGAAUGUUCUGGACUUUGGCAUGCUGUCCAUCUUUGUGGCAUCCUUUACAGCACGCUUCAUGGCUUUCCUCAAGGCGUCCAAAGCCCAGCAAUACGUGGACAUGCAUGUACCCGACGAAGACCUCAGCAACGCCUCGCUGCCUGACGAAGUGGCCUACUUCACUUAUGCCAGGAACAAGUGGCGUCCAUCAGACCCUCAGAUCAUCUCAGAAGGCCUCUACGCCAUCGCUGUGGUUUUGAGUUUUUCACGUAUUGCAUAUAUCCUCCCAGCCAACGAGAGCUUUGGCCCACUGCAGAUCUCACUGGGACGCACAGUCAAGGACAUCUUCAAGUUCAUGGUCAUCUUCAUCAUGGUGUUUGUGGCCUUUAUGAUUGGCAUGUUCAACCUCUACUCUUACUACCUGGGAGCCAAGUACAAUCCUGCCUUCACCACGGUGGAGGAGAGCUUUAAGACUCUGUUUUGGUCAAUCUUCGGGCUGUCUGAAGUAAUCUCGGUGGUGCUGAAGUACGACCACAAGUUCAUAGAGAAUAUUGGCUAUGUGCUGUACGGGGUCUACAACGUCACCAUGGUGGUGGUCCUUCUCAACAUGCUCAUUGCCAUGAUCAACAGCUCAUAUCAGGAGAUAGAGGAGGAUGCCGAUGUGGAGUGGAAGUUUGCACGAGCAAAGCUGUGGUUAUCUUACUUUGAUGAGGGUCGAACACUGCCUGCACCCUUCAACCUGGUUCCCAGCCCAAAGUCUUUUUAUUACCUAGUUCUUCGCAUCAAAUCCUGCCUCAUACACCUUUGUAAGGCCAAUGGCCAUCGCCAUAACAAUGAGCUGGAGUUGGGCAUGCUGAACUCACAGGCCAAGGAUGAACGUUUCAGGUCUUAUCCACGACCAGGAGAAGAGUUCAUGCCCAGGAAAUCCAGAAAACACCCGACCAGAUACCAGAAGAUCAUGAAGCGUCUGAUUAAACGUUAUGUCUUAAAGGCCCAAGUGGACAGAGAGAGCGAUGAAGUUAAUGAAGGUGAGCUUAAGGAGAUCAAGCAAGACAUUUCCAGUCUCCGUUAUGAGCUCCUAGAAGAGAAGUCCCAGGCGGCUGGCGAGCUGGCUCUGCUCAUUCAGCAACUUAGCGACAAGUUUGGCAAGAACACCAUGAGACACUAACAGGACUCGCUCGAAAGAGAGAGAGGAAAAAGAGGGAGCAAGAUGAGAGUGAGAAAGAGGGUGACAUCGGGAGGAGGCGGGGGCAGAAAGAAGAGACAGAUUAGGUAUUUUAAGAUGCUGAUAGUGGAAGACGGAGAGAGAAAGAAGGAUGUUUAUGAGACAGACACAGAAGAAAGUGGAGGGAAAGAAUGCAAUAUAUAAACUAGACACGGAGUCAUUGAGGCAACAAAAAAAUCUAUUGUAUAUGCAAUGACCAAUUAAGUUGGAGUGUGAGAAGAAGAAAGUUGCGUCUGCAAGUAAGCAUGAGGUCAAAGGGCUGGAGGUGAGGUAAGCCCAGCCGGGGAGGUCUGUGUUGACAGCUGAAUUUUAAUUAAAGGCAACAUCUUCAGGAAGUGAGAGAGGAGACGAAAGCAGAGUCAUGCAGGAGAGGUUGGAGGUAGAGUGAAGGAGGACAACAUAAGCACUGUGGAAUACGAAGAGGGACCACAGGGCGGAAGACUGAGGCAGCACAGCGAUAUAGGCCCCCACAUCCGCUGUCAGGACAUAUGAGCGCAUUGCCAGAGUAGGAAACCCAGAGAAAGGAUGACACAAAUCAGGCCAGAGAGGUUAGAAAAGAGAAGCAAAUAGGCAAGACAGAAAAAUAUAUAGAAGAAACUGUCACUGCUGUUCACACCAGAAAGGCUGACUUUGCUUUUACUGUACGUCUUCACUUCAUCUGGUCAAGCAUAGUGAUGCCCGUCAAGAUACUGUACAGCCAUACGCCAGUGCACCAGGCAAUCUAAUUAAUACAGUUUCCAUUGUUUUCCACAGUUUGUUAUUAUGAGUUGGAUUGAUUGGAAGUAUAGCAGGAAACAAUGUCGAAGUUACGCACUCAUUAAAAAGUCAUUUUAAAAACCGAACCGAAUUUAUCAUUAACAAAUGGAACAAUAAAAUUACUUCAGACAGCAUCUUUCCAUUUGCAAAUAAAGUCGACUGAAAAGACAAGUGAUGGAGACACUCCCUCAGUUCCAAAUUGUUUCAACGCAGGUGAGUUUCAUACAUAUUUGAAUAACCUACAAAUCAGUUAAUAUGGUUUUGAUAACAGACUUUCAGAACCAAUCUGCAAUGAUUUGGCUUUAAAAAAAAAAAAAAGCGUGGAUAAGCUGUGUGGGGUAAUUUUAAGGUCAUGUUUUUUCUGU